CGUCGGCGUGCGACCUCCUCUGCGCCACCUACCCGCCGUCGCCGGUCACCAACUCUAUCCAUGGCUGAUGCUGAUAGUUCAAAGUCCAACAAUUCGGAGCAGCGAUCCUAUCUUCGGCUCGAUCCUCCGAAAUUCAACGGAGACGAUCCGUGGGGAUGGACUUUCAAGGUUGACAUGUAUUUCGACUAUUACGAAACGUCGGAAGAACACCGUCUACACUUUGUCGGACUACUCUUCGAGCGGCCGGCGCUGGAUUGGAUCAUUUACCAAAAAAAACACAAAUUGCUGAAAUCAUGGCCUGAGUUCAUGGAAGCAGUGAAACAGAGGUUUGAUCCAACAUAUCAUGACAAUCAUUUCGGAAUAAUCUGUAAACUGAAACAACGCAACACGGUGAUGGAAUAUCAGACUGAGUUCGAGAGGCUUUUGGUCAAGAUUAAGGGUGUGUCGAUAUCGGAGAAUCACCUCGUCUCCAUAUGUGAAUCGGGCUUCAAGGAUCCGAUCCAGUGGGAACUUCACUUGCGAAGGCCGACGUCCUUGUGUGAAACGUUUGCGCUUGCGCGCGAAUUCGAGAAGAUGUAUGAUGAAGGCUUCAAGUAAGAGAGGUGUGCUUUGGUUGUUUUGUAGUUUUAAUUUUAGUUAUUUUGUUUUGAGUUGAGUUUUAUGGGGAUUGAUUUUAUUUGCGGUUGUUUCCUAUUCGAAUGAGAAGUUGAAUUUGGAUAUUGUCCUUAUGAGAUUGAAAUUAUCUUUUUG